AUGUCAGACCAAAGUGGCAGCGACGGCGACGGCGAUACCGACUCGCUCUUCUCGUCGUCGUCUUUGUCCUCGGCCCCUGGCUCCCCCCGCGACGUCGCAGCCCAGACGGCCGAGGAAGGAUCGUUCCGGAUCGCAUCAAGACGAGCACCGGCGGUACCGGGUCUCUUGUUCUUUCCGGACCUCCUUUCCGCCUCGCUCUGCUCCGAUGUGGUGUCUUCGGUCGCAGACUGCGGCUACUUUACCGACGAGGUCGUGGGACGGAACCAGGCCAUGCUCUUUGCACGGGCGCGGCCGUCAGAGUGUCGCCCUCGCCGAGAUACGAUCGACCCGCCGGGGGAUAGAAGCAAACGGCGCAAGGUAGAAGGCGAGGCCGACGAGGCCGACCACGGCGGACUACCGGCAUGGGUGACGAGACUGAUUGCAGAGCUCGAACGCAAGCUGGACGGUCUGGUCGACGACGAGCUGCAUCGCCUUCUCUUUGCCCCGCGACUCCGUCCGCCCGCCGAAAGGACGAGCACGCACGCCAAGACGGACGCCGAGACGGCACUGCGAUCACGACAGCUCAUCCUCAACCUGUACAGACCAGGAGAGGGCCUCUCGUCGCACGUCGAUCUGAUGCGCUUCGGCGACGGCAUCAUGCUAGCCUCGUUCGGCGCUCCUCAACGCGGAGUGGUCAUGGAGUUUACCCGCGUUGCGCAAGACCAGCACGCCGAACAGACCAUCGUCCAUUCCCUCUUCCUGCCGUCCGGGUCGCUCCUGAUCCUCUCGGGCGAAGCGAGGUACGACUGGAAGCACGGCAUACCCGCGCGGAGGUUUGAUCUGGUCCGCGACGACGACGACGACGACGACGACGACAGCGCGGUGCGGCUCGAGAGGGGCACUCGGCUCAGCGUCACGAUACGCUGGAUGGGCGAGGGCGGAGACGUGGUGGGCCACGAGGACGCCGAUUCGCUCGCAUCUGGACCGGUGCCAGGGUGA